UAUUAGCAACUAAACAUAUAAUUUAUUUUUUAGUCAACUUAUCAACUAAAGAUUCUAGACGUGCAAAGUCAAACAAUAAUAGCCACUUUGGUUAAUUACUAAAUUUAAUAUGUUGGCAAAAAAUGUCAAUAAAAACACACAAACACACAAUAGGGUCUUCUUUAAAUAUAUGUGCAGUAGGCAGACGAAUGUCUUUUAGACAAAAACAAAAACAAGCUUCUCUUCUCUCUUCUCUUCUUCUCUUUAGUCAUCUCAACCACCAUGAGUCACCAGCAGCCGCCGAGCUAUGCCACCGAGCCAAACACCAUGUUCGUUCAAGCAGACCCCUCUAAUUUCCGUAACAUCGUCCAAAAGCUCACUGGAGCACCACCCGAUAUCUCCUCCUCAUCCUUCUCCGCCGUCUCAGCCGCACACCAGAAGCUUCCAUUAACUCCCAAAAAGCCAGCGUUCAAACUCCACGAACGGCGUCAAUCAUCAAAGAAAAUGGAGCUUAAGGUCAACAACAUCACAAACCCUAACGACGCUUUCAGCCAUUUCCACCGAGGAUUCCUCGUCUCUCCCGUCUCUCACCUAGACCCAUUCUGGGCGCGCGUGAGUCCACAUUCAGCGCGUGAGGAACACCACGCGCAACCGGACAAGGAAGAGCAAAAAGCCAUAGCGGAAAAAGGGUUCUACUUCCUUCCGAGUCCGAGAAGCGGCUCCGAGCCGGCACCGGAGCUUUUGCCCCUGUUUCCUCUUCGUUCUCCUAACGGCACUAAUCACCGGAUUCAUGAAGAUAAUCAUCGAGACUCUUAGUCUUAAUUUAGAACGUAUAAUUUGAGUUUUAGGCUAUUUAAUCGUAAGUUGGGGACACGUGAUAUUUGCUGUUGCUUUUUACUAUUUUUGUUAGGGCUAGUUAAUAUCCGUUUUCCAUUUAACCUAGACUUUUUUCAUCCUUCAUUAAACUUUUUCUUCAAGGGUCAACUAUUUCGGCGCGUGUACUCCACUUCCUUUUGGAAUACAAAAAAAUCUUAUUCUAUACGCGGCAAUUACUUACAUUAGUCAAGGAAGACAUCAUUUCACGAGCAUAUAAAUCAAUGUCUUUUUAGAUCUUUUAUCUAACCAUUAAUACGUGGGAUCCAAAACACAAGCUAUCUAGUUUCUAAAUUUCUUGAAAAAAGAUAAUAUAACCACAAUGCUCAAUUUUCUUUUGGAAAGUAGUACUUUUUGACAAGUCUACAACGAUCAAGCUAGCGUAAUCGUCUUCGUAUCUUAAAUUUUUCCUUACAAUAAAGUUGAUGAUGUGUGUAUGGAGAUGAAUGAAAAGAUAGGCUAAAUAGGCCGACUUAUAAUAGAUACAAAAAUGUGUUGACUUUUUGGUUAAGAAAGAAACUAAAGAAGCUAAAUUCUCUGUACAGUUUAACACUGCUCCAAUUCAAUUGUUUGUGUGUGUCAUAAAGCUGCCAGCCGUUGGAUUUAAUGACAAAGCUGUGACGCAGAACGAAGCGGCGCCUAUUUCCUCUGCAGAUUCAACGGCUACG